UCGGAAAUAGACCUACGUCAGAAUGUUUCCUGUAGUCGUGGAACUCUUCGGAGUUUAAUAUUUAUUACUUGUAACAUAAGGAAAACAACUAAUAUCAUGUGUGAUGUAUAGGUUAGGACCAGAUCAAUGCUAGCCCGCAGGAGAAGAACAAACUCGGGCUCUGAUAGUCAGCAGCAGUCGCCAUCACCAAGCUACCAAUCAGGCCACAGUAGACAACAAUCACCUCCACCUCCUGCUCAGUCGAUUUUUACUGAUCCAGAAAUGACUUGUCGAGAUAGAUCUGUUGAGUUUAUGUCUGUUGUGAAAUCUCUCCAAUCAAGACAGGGAAAUGGCGUUGUUCAGAAUCAUAAAAGUAAAGCCUUACAUGUUCGCAGUGAAUUCACACAAAUAGCCAAGCGCAUUGGUAAAGAUCUUGCAAAUACUUUUGCAAAAUUAGAGAAACUGACGAUAUUGGCGAAAAGAAAAGCAAUAUUUGAUGACAAGCCCUUGGAGAUUCAGGAGCUGACCUAUAUUAUCAAGCAAGACAUCAACAGCCUUAAUGACCAAAUAGCACAGUUACAGCAGUUGGCUAAAUCUCAGAAGUCUCAAAAUGGCAAACAUUUACAAACACAUUCCAACACAGUGGUGGUGGCUCUUCAGUCAAAACUAGCCUCCAUGUCCAAUGAUUUCAGACAAGUUUUAGAAGUCAGAACUGAAAACUUAAAACACCAAAAGUCUCGCAGAGAACAGUUUUCUUCAACCCCUGUUACAUCGUCAAUGCCUCCGUCUGCGUAUCAAGGUCACAUGAAUGGUUCUGUUCUCUUACAAGAUGAAGCCAGCUAUAAUGGGCAAGUAGCUAUUGAUAUGACGGGAGGGGCCAAAGGUGGGCACAUUCAAAGUCAAAUGCAACUUAUUGAUGAACAGGAUGCUUAUAUUCAAAGCAGGGCUGAGACAAUGCAGAAUAUUGAGUCGACAAUAGUGGAGCUGGGGAGUAUAUUCCAACAGCUGGCUCACAUGGUGAAAGAACAAGAAGAGGUUGUGGGCAGAAUUGAUCAGAAUGUGGAGGAAGCAAGUCUAAAUAUUGAAGCAGCUCACUCUGAGAUACUGAAAUAUUUCCAGUCUGUCACUUCCAACCGUUGGCUGAUGAUUAAGAUAUUUGGAGUGUUGAUGGUUUUCUUUAUUAUUUUUAUAGUGUUUAUGGCAUAGGUUGUUGUUACUGGUUGCUCUUUAAACUCAAGUCUCCUUAAAGCCUUUAUUUUUUUCCAUGGUCCCCUGACUUCUUAGUGAACACAUUGUGAGGGAAAUAGCAUUGUAGAUUUGUUGGGGCGUAUGUGUAUCUGUAACACUAUAGUCAGUGUUCCUCUUUUUGGAAGGAAUUUAUAUCACAGUUGUAUAAUGUGCACUUACUCUAGGUAAUAUAACUACAGAAUGAAAGAUAACUCUUAAAACACCUUGUGUCUUUUUUUUUUUUUAUGAAGAGAUUAGUAUGUGUUUAUCCCCCUUGGCAGGACAAGAACUUUUGUUAGUGAAUUUAAGCCUCCUAGCAUUUUAGCUAUUUCUAAGGAUUAGAAUUAAUUUCCUUUACAUGCAGAGAAGCUUCCCAUAUCUCUUUGAAUAUCUGUGUUUUUGUAUGGAAGUUUUGUUUUUAUUCUUUUUCUGAACAGUGUUGUAAUUUUACAUGUCAUCAGUAUUGAUUCUCACACAUGAAAAUAAUUUGUGGUUUAGGGUUGUAAGCAACGCUUUGUUUGUGUUGGCUUCAUGUCAAACAAAGAAUUACAGAUAAUAAGCCAAGUGGCUUCGUUGCGUUUUUUUUCUUCUGGGCCUAACAGAUUGAGUUAUACAUUCACAUUGUUUUCCAUGUAUGCAACUAAGUGUACAGAUAAUGAACCUGUUGAAGUAAAUACUUGUAUAUUUCGUAUGAAUCGACUUUGUGCUAUCAUCAAAACUUGAGGCCAUGGGGUUGAUAUGUUCUCUUUCACUUGUAUAUAGGUUAUAUUUAAUGAAUGAUAUUUGAAUGGAACUGUUUGAUGAAGGGUGAAUGUGUAUAUAUCUAAUGCAUCAACUUUCUGUGGCUUCAUUUGCUGAUUCAUAUCUGUGUAUAAUAAUUGUAUAAAUGUAUCCUUGUUCUGUAUGGACAUGUACAGCUCUAAUGAUAUAAAUAUCAUCCACCAACCGUUGUAGUUUGGAAACAAUGCCAACUUUUGCAUUGACUUAAUGUGAGCAGAAGUACAAGUUAUUUAUUUUGUGGGCAGACGCCUUUUGUUGAAGUCAUUUUCUUUUUUGUUUGCAUAUGUCAAUGUGAUGAGUGCAAUGACACAUAUUUCUGUGUUAUGUCACGUGUACAUAUUAACAUGCAUGUCAACUGUAUGUAGCUACGUAUGUAAAUAGUUGUGAAAGAUGUUUUAAACAAAUAAAUAAUUUCAUUCAAAAGGC